AUGGAGGGUGGGAAUUUAAGCAGAAGCAUAAGCAGGAGCUUAAGCAGGUCAAGUUGGAGAAUGGAGGGUGUGUUUGCGAGUGGGAGAUAUUCUCGAAGGACUUCAAACAUUGAUGAGGAUGAAGAGGCUCUCAAGUGGGCAGCCAUAGAGAGAUUGCCAACCUAUGACAGGUUAAGAACAAGUAUCCUCCAAACUUUUGCAGAGGGUGAUCAUGCUCAUCCAAACACAUUGCAACACAGGGAAGUGGAUGUUAGAAAGUUAGAUGUCAACGAAAGGCAAGAGUUUAUUGACAGAAUCUUCAAGGUUGCUGAAGAAGACAAUGAAAAGUACUUGCGCAAGUUCAGAAACAGACUUGAAAAGGUUGGUGUCGGACUCCCAACAGUAGAAGUGAGGUUUCAAAAUUUGACAGUUGAAGCUGAUUCCUACGUUGGCAGCAGAGCUCUGCCAACCCUACCAAACGUUGCAUUGAAUAUUGCUGAAUCAGCUCUUGGCUUAUUUGGGAUUAAUACCGCAAAGAGAACAAAGCUCACAAUUCUUAAAAAUGUCUCCGGCAUUAUUAAACCUUCUAGGAUGGCCCUUUUGCUUGGUCCCCCUUCUUCAGGGAAAACGACCCUUUUGCUAGCAUUGGCUGGAAAAUUGGACAAUGAUUUGAGGGUAAGAGGAGAAAUCUCCUACAACGGGUACAAGCUUAAUGAGUUUGUUCCCAGAAAGACUUCAGCCUACAUUAGCCAAAAUGAUGUUCAUAUUGGAGAAAUGACAGUAAAAGAAACCCUUGAUUUCUCAGCUAGAUGUCAAGGAGUUGGAACACGAUAUGACCUAUUAGCUGAACUUGCUCGAAGGGAAAAAGAAGCUGGAAUAUUUCCAGAGGCAGAACUUGACCUUUUCAUGAAGGCUACUGCAAUGGAAGGAACAGAAAGCAGUCUCAUUACAGACUAUACUCUCAAGAUAUUGGGGCUUGACAUUUGCAAAGAUACCAUUGUGGGUGAUGAAAUGCACAGAGGGGUAUCAGGUGGCCAAAAGAAGCGUGUAACGACAGGAGAAAUGAUCGUGGGGCCCACUAAAACAUUGUUCAUGGAUGAGAUAUCAACUGGUCUUGAUAGCUCCACGACGUAUCAAAUAGUAAAAUGCUUCCAACAAAUUGUGCACCUGACGGAAGCAACCAUAUUCAUGUCCCUACUCCAACCUGCUCCAGAGACGUUCGAUCUCUUCGAUGAUAUCAUCUUGAUAUCGGAGGGUCAGAUUGUUUAUGAGGGCCCACGUGAGCACAUCAUGGAGUUCUUUGAAUCCUGUGGAUUUAGAUGUCCUGAAAGAAAGGGAACCGCAGAUUUCUUACAGGAGGUUACUUCAAGGAAGGACCAAGAACAAUAUUGGAAAGAUAGAAGCAUACCAUACCAUUACAUUACAGUGAGCGAGUUUGCAAGUAGAUUCAAGCAAUUCCAUGUUGGAAUGCAACUUGAGAAUGAACUUUCUGUGCCAUUUGACAAAUCAAAGGGACAUAGAGCAUCUCUUGUCUUCAAGAAAUAUACAGUGCCCACAAUGGGACUUCUUAAAGCAUGCUGGGAUAAGGAAUGGCUUUUAAUCAAAAGGAACUCCUUUGUCUACAUAUUUAAGACAACUCAGAUAAUCAUUAUUGGUAUCAUAGCUGCAACUGUGUUCUUUAGGACCAAAAUGCAUCAAAGGAAUGAGGCUGAUGCAGCAGUUUACAUAGGUUCAAUUUUGUUUACCAUGAUCAUGAACAUGUUUAAUGGUUUUUCUGAAUUACCACUCACCAUUGCAAGACUUCCUGUAUUCUACAAGCAUAGAGACCACCUUUUCCAUCCUCCUUGGACUUAUACCCUCCCUAAUUUCUUACUAAGAAUCCCCAUUUCUAUCUUUGAGGCUAUUGUUUGGGUUCUUCUCACAUACUAUACAAUAGGAUUUGCACCUGAAGCUAGCAGGUAA